AUGAGGAAUAUUCCUGACAAGUCAUGGAUAGAUAUCCCUAGGAGUGAACAGUUUCGUGAUCAACGUUAUGUCGAUGGAUGUGAAGCCUUCAUGAAGUAUGCCGAAAUGAACCCAAAAAAUUUAAGUAGCGGUGCAAUGUACUACCCCUGUUAUAGGUGUAAGAAUAUGAAGCUGAAAAAUAAAGAUGAAAUACGAAGUCACUUAGCAAACUCUGGUUUUUACGAGGAAUAUAAAUACUGGUCCUAUCACGGGGAAGGUCGUACCGAAGAUGAAGUCCCGGAUGUGCAUGUCGAUACCAGUCAUGGUGUCAGGAUAGAUGAUACAGAAGUAAAUUUACAAACUGAUAUCGGACCCGACCAUACCGAAUAUGAUAUUAACAAUGACAAUGAAGAUGAUAUCAUAGUUGAUGUCCAAGAUGCUCAUGCUCCUAAGGACUUGGAUCGUAUAAUGAAACUACUAGAGGAUAGUGAAAAUGAUCUGUAUGAGGGUUGCACCGACUACUCCAGAUUUUCAUUUAUCUUGGAGCUUUUACAUAUUAAGAGCCUCAGUGGAAUGGCAAAUACUUAUUUCAAAAUGCUUCUUGAUUUGCUGCGGAAGGUGGUUCUAGGAGGAGAGCGUAGCAUUCCUAAAACAACUUAUGCGGCAAAGCAAAUAGUUUCCGAUUUAGGGCUUGAUUACAAUAAGAUUGAUGCGUGUCCCAAUGAUUGUAUUCUCUACUACAAGGAUAAUAAAGACCUUCAGGCAUGCCCUACAUGUGGAGUUUCUCGAUGGAAACAACAAACCCGCUCUUCAACAAGGCAGCCAACAGAGUCAAUGUCCCAGCAGAGCAUGAUUCCAGCUAAGGUGCUUCGUCAUUUCCCGUUAGUUUCCAGAUUACAACGUCUGUAUAUGAACAAAGACACUGCUAAGAACAUGAGGUGGCACAAAGAAGAUCGUAUAGAAGAUGGUAAGCUGAGACAUCCAGCUGAUGCAGAGGCUUGGAAGCAUAUUGAUAAGACUUUUCCCAAUUUUGCUCAUGAAUGCAGAAAUGUCAGACUUGGGCUUUCUAGCGACGGAUUCAAUCCGUUCGGGGUUAUGAGUUUAGGUUGGUCUACAUUUUCAGUUGUCUUAAUGCCAUAUAAUUUACCCCCACUGCUUUGUAUGAAACAACCGUAUAUGAUACUCUCAUUACUGAUACCGGGUAAGCAUGCACCGGGUAAUGAUAUUGAUGUCUACUUAGAGCCCUUAAUUGAUGAGCUAAAACAGUUAUGGUCGGAGGGUAUGUUGAUAUAUGAUGCCCAUGCUAAAGAGUCAUUUAGACUUCGUGCUAUCCUAAUGUGGAUAAUUAAUGAUUUUUCAGCUUAUGCUAAUCUUUCUGGUUGGUCGACAAAAGGCAAGUUUGCUUGUCCAAUAUGUGGCCCAGAAUUUGAAGGCCUUCACUUACCAUAUAGUCGAAAGUGUUGUUAUUGGUUCAACAGGAGAUGGUUGCCCUCGGGGCACAAAUACAGAAAAUUGAGCAAUAAAUUUGACGGCACUGUUGAGACUAGGAAUAAACCACGUCAAAUGACCGGUGCUGAUAUUGUAAAGUUGCUUGAGCAUCUACCUAAUAUUAGAUUUGGUAAGAACCGACAUUCUAAGUAUGACUCACUCAAAGCUAGAGGCUCCUGCAAAAAGAAAAAGACACUGAAGAGGAAGAGAGCAUUCCAACGAGCACAUGUUGAUAAUGGAGUUGAUAAAUUACCAAAGGGAUGGAGUAAAUUCAGUAUCUUCUUCCAGCUGUCAUACUGGCAAAAGCUUAAAAUCAGGCAUAACUUGGAUGUCAUGCAUAUUGAGAAAAAUAUUUGUGACAACAUAGUUUCAACCCUCCUUCAAGAUCCUAAUAAGUCAAAGGAUGACCUAAGGGCUCGUCAAGACUUAGCUCCGUUGAAUAUUCGAGAAGAUUUGCAAGCACGAGAUGUUGGACUUAAAAAAAACAUAAGCCUUCCUCUCGUGUUACGAUGUCGACAGAGCAGAUGCAGAGAUUUUGCGAGGUCCUGA